UACUAACUAUGGCUUCGUGGAAAUCCGAAAAGGGCCGAAAGUGGGUAAAUUAAAAUAUGGCUAAGGUCCUAAGCCUAAUAAAGUUUUUGGAAUUCUACGUAAUGCAUGAUUCAACCUUAUAACUUCAACAUCAAUGAAGUUUUAUGGAUUUUAGCCAACUAAUAUUUUUCAACCUUGGUUGUCAUGCUGUGAUGUAAUUGCCUGUCACUCAGCUUUGGGAAGUUACAGCAGAUAAGCCUGACCCUUGCCCUGUCCAAGAAUGGAAGACACAUUAAUUUUGGCAACCUAUCUGAAUCACCUUUGAGCUUCCACAGUGGAUAGUAAAGCAAUUCAAAUUUGGUAAGUUGCUGUUGACCUAAACCUACACUGCCUCUGGAAAUAGGAUGCCCUCGGGAAACCAUGGCCACAGUCAGUGGAGUUGUUUCUUCAACCUUCUCCUCAGACCUGCCACCAGCAACAAAUACAAUACCAUUGGCAUCAAGACAUCAGCAGGCAGAAGGCAAGAAAAGAUGCACUAUUGCCUUGUGAAGAUAUAUUCCAGUACUAUGGAAAUGGAAUGAAGCAUGGUAUGUAAGAGACGUCUGUAAGAUUUGUAAUUCCCAACUCUACCUUCCUAGACCUAUGAAGGCAAAGAAGAAAUAGGAAACAUCACGUUAAUGUCCCCCAAAAGAGACUAUGACCAAACUGGAGCCCUUCUAUCAAAAUUCCCAAAGGUGAUCCCAGUGCCCUUGGAUAUGUUGAGUGUAGAUUGGUGAUAAUAUCACUGCAAAGUGGAUGGAAGCUUAGGCCUUACCACAGUGAGCAAGUGACCAUAUUAGAGGUCGGACUUGGCUGAAUGGCAGUGGCUUUGUACUGAAAUUGACAGUUGGCUGAAGAGAACCAUUGUCUUCCAGAAGAUCAGUGCUGAAAGGCAUCAUUCUGUAGAGGACCUCAAUGGUCUCCUGUCAUCUCUCUAGAACUGCAAUGUAAAUAUUGCAUAUACAUAUAUGUAUGUGACUGCUCCUUAUGUAAGUUAAAGAAAAUGAAUUCACCUGACUCUGUACAGGUUUUCAACAAUUGAAUGAAAUAAUGAUGAGGGUAGUUUAACUGUAAUGAUGACUGACAGCGCCCAAUCUUCUGUGGUGACUACCUCCUCUGGUGGAAGUUUGUUUAUAGUGAGUGAUGGAAACAUGGCAAAUUCAACUUUAUUACAUACCCCUCAGAGCUCAAGAGAUGACAAUUGUGAGGUUAACCAGGAUGUUUCAAACAGCACCUCAAGUGAACAAGAUGACACAGUUAUAGAUUCUCAGCCAGUUCAUGAUCAGAUAUCACCAUCUGAAGUUGAAUUAACAGGUCGUGAAAACAGUUUUAUUAGAGGUAGAAACAGUGACAGCUUCUCAGUGGAAAGAAAAACUGUUCUAUCUUCCCAUGGCCGUAUAUCCACUAUACCAGAGAAAAACCAAGAUAGUGGCAUAAGUGGUUGUGUGGAGGAGAAGACUUGUACACCACCAAACUCUGCUUUAUAUCUUCAUGAAGAUUUAAAGCCAAGUGACUUGUCCAUGGCAAAGGAACACAUGACAAAGCAUGGUGGAUUUGCAAAAAAAACAAACUUUUCUUUGGCAGUUCCUUCUAAUAGCAGUGGAUUACACGUGGAACAUGAGGUAGAUCCAACUAGUGCAGCUGGUUUGCAGCUGUCAGACUCACAUGUUAUGCCACCAUCAAACAGAGUAAGCAGUAAAAAUAUUCAAUUCAUUAGAGAUCAUACACCAACCCUCAGUAACCUUCAGUCUCAAGGCUCAUAUGAAGUAUCUGGGUUUAUUGGAGUACCAUCAUCAGCAUAUUCGAAUGGUUCUAAAUUCCAGAGAUUGCCCCCUGUUUCUACAAUUAUGCAGCCACGCUUAGCUUCAUUGGUGAAAGGAGGUUUCAAGAUACCUUCCCUUGAGUCAACUCACAUAGCAUCUUUUGUAGACUUGCCUCGAACUUCAGUUACUUCCAGCAUUGACCUGUCUAAUGCCCAUGAUCUUCAAAGUUCAGAAGCAGUGUGUCUUUCUACUAUUAGUAGGCCUGAAGAACAUAUCAUGGUGAACCCUAUUUCUUUGGUAGCUAACAAAUCUGAAGCUGAAGGGAAUUUCUUUGGAGAAUCUGUUGAUUCAUUUCAGUCUGGUUCUACUUCGUUAUCUGAAGCAGGUGUUGUCUACUCAGCUAGUGCGUCUCGAGGUAUGUCACAUUCAGCACCUGUCAUCAUGUCACUACCAGAUUUUUCAAAAAUUCAUGGUGGAAACCUACUGAUAUCAAGCAUCAAAGAUCAUGUUGGCCAUAUAUCAUCUUCUGUUAACAAGUUUGCGAGAGCGAGCCAUCGAGGACCUUUGUUCCUUGAUGACGAUGGUCAUCCAAUUGUUCUUCCAUCAACUAGUCCCUUGCUGACACCAUUGGAUUUGGGGACAGCCACCUUAAGUAUGGUUACUUCUCGAAUUUCAACACAAACUGCUGGAAAAGGGAUUGGCCAAAUGAACACAUCCCCUUCCUAUAACAAAAUAGCAUGCUCUAGACCAACAUUAGGUGUCCCUACUGGUGUAAUCACUGCAGUGGGAUCAAGUCAUUCUAUCACUCCAGCUGCAUCUUAUGUAACUACAGGUGUUCAAGAACAUCCCUCUUUAAUCACACAAGUGGAAAAUGUUCAUAUGUCAAACACUUCACCUAAAAAUGGAUCUGUUCUAGAUGGACAAGAUCUGUCAGGAGUUCUUGGUAGGAGUGAGUCUGAAGAUGAUGAUGCUGAUAUUUCUGAAGCUUCUAAUAUUACCACAAGUUCCGCAUUGGAUAACAUAUCCACGUCUGCUUUGCCAUCUAUAUUAUCUAGUCUUGCUUCACAAUCUUCUUAUUUGUUAUCUAGCCUUGUUUCUUCAACUUCUUCAAGCCCUUUGACACUUGCUAAGACAGCACUAUCAAGUAUUCCAACAACAGCUGGUGUUCCAUUGAUUCAUGGAAUGCAACCUAGUUUAGCAGGUUCACAUAUACCUUAUGUUUCACCAUUUUUAUUAUCUGGGAUUCUCCCUACCUCACUUUCUGGAUCUUCUGUGAAACAGGAACCACAGGAAGGAACAGCUGUAUCAGCUGUUACUUCAACUAAUAGUCUCUCAACCUUACCAAGCUUAGUUUCUAUUCUUAAACAGGAAGCUCCUCUAACUGGAAAUAUUAAUGAUUCCGGACCUUUGCCACCAUUUACUGUUGUUUCAGGUUUGUCGUCCUUAUCUAAAAGGGGCCUUGCUGGCUUUGAUUCAGCACAAGUGAACUUCCCUAGUUCUGUCAGUCACUUUGGAGAAAUUUCUGUAAAAGAAGAACCAACUGAUAAUGUAGAAACUUCUCCAUCUGAGAGUCUUUCUGCAUCCCAAUCUCCAGUUUUACAGAAUACUUCUAAUAUUUCCGAAAUUUCUCGUUUGACCACAGAGCCACUUGCAAUGAUUAGUACCAAUGUCCAAAGAAAUCUUUCCUCACCUGCUAUGACACAUACAACCAUUGUGCCUUCUUCCAACAUAACGUCUGGUUUUGGUUGCACAGCUACUGCAACUUCAAGAACCACUCCAACAAAUGUUGUUGAAAUGGCGUCUACUUCUUUGAUUGGAGUUAGUUCUGGAAGAAAAGCCAUAAUUGUGGAUAAAAAUGUCUGUCAAAUUUGCAGAGCUGGCAAGCCAUGUAACUUGCAUCACUCCCAGCCCCGCAGUGUAUCACAUCAGUUGGUGUCAGGACCACUUCUCUCUGGUGAUCCAACAAAACCGUUCCAGUGUAACUUGUGUGGGAAACACUUAGCAUCAAAAAAUGUUUAUCAAUUACAUAUGCGUUCACAUUCUGGAGAAAAACCUUUCACUUGCAACCUUUGUGGUCAUCAUUUUUCUCAAAAAACCUCACUUACAAGACAUAUGCGUUCUCACACUGGGGAACGCCCCUUUCCUUGCGAAGUAUGUGGGAAACGUUUUGCUGACAAAGAACGUACAAAAAUACAUAUGCGUACUCACACAGGAGAAAAGCCAUUUUCUUGUGAAAUAUGUGGAAAGUGCUUCUCACAGAAGUCUACAGUGAAAAGACACAUGAGUGUUCAUACUGGUGAAAAGCCUUUCACUUGUGAAACAUGUGGAAAAGGUUUUGCUAAUAGAGGUAACUUAAAUGCUCAUAGCAAAACACAUGCUAAUAGUGUGAAUACAUAACUAUCACACUAUUAUAGUAAAAUAAUGCAUUAAAUGUGGAUGCAUCCCUCUGUUUGAGGGUUCCAUAUAUGUCCUUAAGCACCUUUUAAAUUACUUUUCAUGUUAUUAUUGAAAGCACCCAAUGAUUUUUGUUCUUUGAGAAUGAACUAGAAUGCAAAUUCAACUUGACUACUAAUCAAGUCUUUAUAUAAAAAAAAUGGAACUAUUAGACCUUUUAUUUCCUUUGUAAAGUAUGAAGUACAAAUCUUAUGGUUUAAUGCAAUAGGUAAUAUUUGGAAAUGGAAGUAUAUUUAACUAAGAUUUUAAACAAAAAUUUACUGUUUUGUAUUAUGUAUUUUUUAAAUAGAAGAAUAUGGUUAAUGAUUGAAAAACCAUUAUGCAAAACAAAUUAUCCCAUGUCCUGAACUAUGUUUGCAAGUAUUUGUUGGAUGAAUUUUGUUAGAGAAAACCAGUGAAAUUUAAAAUGCAUUUUGAAAGAAAAUAUAGACCUAUAUUGAAAAUUGUAAAUGAAAGUAAUAUUAUUUUGACAUUACAGCAUGUUUGCUAGUUAUUUACUAUGUAGUAAUAAAUAUACCUUGUUAUGUAUCAUGCAGAGUCUAUACAUUUUAUUUGAUAGAGACUAAAGUCUUGCAUAUAUUAUAGACUAUUUAAAUUCAUAUAAUAAAUUUAUUACUUUUUAUACUUCCAUACUAUCUUUACUUUUUUUACGAUUGUUUUUAUCUUUGUCACCUGCCAUUCCAUGCAUAUAUUUUUAUUUAAAUGUAAUGUCUUAAGUGUAGAAUGUGCAGUUUUAAUUUUGAUGGAAAGGUACUAAAUUUGAAGCAUAUAAUAUCUCGGUUGUUGUUUAUUGUAUGUAUGUAUCUAUGUAUGAGUGAGUGUCUCAACCACUGAAAAGAAAAGUUGUAUCAAGCACUUUGCACGCCUUUGUUUUUGAGUCUGAAGUGUUUUAGACCAUGUUGAUACAUUAGAGUCAUAGAAUACUUGCUCUGUUAUUAGGGAAUAACUUUGCAUUUUCUUUGAAAAAAACUUUUUCAAAAUUUUUAUACUCCUACAACAAAAAACAAAUAAAAAAACAUGAUAAUUUCUGCAGGCUUACAUGUAGCUAUUAUAACAUGUUUCACAUCAUACAGUGUUUCAAGUCUAUAAACAUGAUAAGAUGCAACAGGUGCUUUUUGUCAAAUGAAAGUGUUCUGGACAAAUCCUUACAGUGACAACUAAACUGGAAUGCUAAACUACAAUUGGAUUGUUGAAGUAUUUUAAUUAUUAGUUGAAAAUUUAUCACCGUAAUAAUUUUUCAGAACCUGUGUUGUACUGUGAAGUUAAUUGUAUGCAUAGAUUAUAUUUAGAAAUGGUGUGAAGUAUUUUCAUCAGUGUGUGUGUUUUAUAUAAAAAAGGGAUCUCUAGUACAGGGAGUUACCAAGUGAUUAUUCAUUUAAAAACAAAAAAGACAACAUAUUGUUAAAAACUGCAAAUUAUUUAUUUUGAAAUAAUGUUUCAUAACAUUGAAUAAUUUUGUCAUGCUUCCUACUGGGAAAACGAGACAAAAUUAAGAAGUUUCAACUCAAACAGCCAUAAAACCUUAUUUUGUUUCCUAUGUCCUCCAGUGGAUCAUCAGUAAGUUUACAAAUUUACAACACUAAAAAAUUCGGGUUUGAAUUUUCGAGUUGGACAGAGUGCAGAUAGUUUCCUAUUCUUCUUAACAAGUAAACACUAUCUUUGUUAAUUCUAAAAUGAAUAUCUGUUUAAUUCACAAUAUUUAAUUUCCUUAGUAUUUUUGAGUUAA